AUGGCGAUACUGAGCUCGCCAGGUCCAAAGAUCCAGCUUAUCGCUGGUGUGCUGCUGACGACAAUUCCACUCUGGCUUCUUGCCUGGCACUUUCGAGUACGCAACCCACUCUUCGUCAGUCGCCACAUACCGAUACACAAUGCCUGGACGGUAGAUCGCGAGAUGUUCAUGCACGAAUGGAUGGGGAAUCAGAUUGGUAAUCCACCCAAUAGUUCAUCUGUCGCCCUUUUGUGUGGCAAGGCGGAUAUAAAAUGGCAGCCAAACGUUGUCCUGGACUUAGACGACGCCAAUGGUGGUAUAGGCAAUGUUCGAGGAAAUAUCUUCGACUUUCUCGGUCUAGCCAUAUUGACUGGUUCCUCAAUAAUGUUGCCGAGCUUCCAGUCCAGAUCGGCCGAGGACUUGAGCGCUCUCUGGAAUGGCAAGAUUCCGUUCGACACCUUUUUCGACACCGAGCACUUCGUAUCCACCUUUGCAUCAGCUUGCCCAAAGAUGGACAUCUACCAGCCAUCGACCGAUCAUUCCCUGCUGCCACCUCUGCACAAUCGCUACAGUAUGCCUAGUAUGCGACAAGAUCUACACCCAGAAUCAUUAGGCACAGAAAACCCAAACACACCAGAAGCAGCGGUAGAGAAUUUCUCCCACUGGCUGAAAGCUCAACCCGACUACGAUGCUCAAAAGACGUCUCUCGUCAGCGUCGGCCGCACUCUCUGGGAAGGUCUGGACACUCGCGCUCUGCCCUCAGCCGUACGCAGAGACUUUGGCAACUCCCUCCGCCUUGUACCAGAAGUACGUCGUCUAGCCGCCAUCGUAACCUACAACCUCGCACGUCAAUACCAUAUUCACACCAUCGACCCUCGUCUUCCUUAUUACCCCUCGGCCUUCCUAGGGGCACAUUUACGCACCGAAAUCGAUGCCAAAAAUGCCGGUUGGUUAAAUGAUGAAGGUGCUGCUGCACAUGCGAAUUUCACAGGCCAAACAGAUGCAUAUCUCUCUCAAGCUGUGGAAAGAGGAUUGAAUGUCAUCUACGUGGCUUCCGGCAACAGUUCUGAAAUAUCCCAUUUCGCCCAAAAAGCAUGGUCACGACAUAACUUCAACGUGACCUCCAAAGCCUCCCUCCUCUCUGACUCCGACCUCGAAGCGCUCAACAACCUUACCUGGGAUCAACAGGGUUUAGUCGACUAUGAAGUUCUCAGACGAAGUAGUUAUCUAGCAGGGUUUGCGAGAAGUAGUUUCGCGUUCAAUAUAGCGAUUACGAGGAAUGAGUUUGUGGGUGUUAAUCAAGAGGUGUUGAGGAGGAGGCCGGGGGAUGUGAGGAAAGAGGAUGUGGCGUUUGAUGAUGGGAUUAGCAAGAUUUGGGGGAGGUUUGUUUGGCAGGAGGAGAGGAUGUUGAGGGGUGCUUGGCCUUGA